AUGGCAAUUACCAGAGCUAGCCCAGCUUGUGGGAACUGCAGAACUAGACGAAUAAAGUGCAAUCUCCUCCGACCAAGAUGCAGCCAGUGCGCUCGAGCCGGUCUAGACUGCACCGGGUAUAGGUCUCAGUCAGAUCUACUUUUUCGAGAUCAGACCAAGAUGACAAUUCGAAAGCUGCAUGCUCCAAGUACCAGGGUGACUACGCCUAACAAGUACGCCGCUUGCUGGAGCCCAGUCGCAAUGAAACCCACCUUUAAUGUCGAAGAACUCGCACAAAAAGUAUUUUCCGACAACUUUGCGAUCUUAGGAGACGGGUGCAAACACUGGAUGGACUCGAAUACGGGGCGCCAAUCUACCGCCACUAUCAGUCUUACCUCUGUUGGUCUCGCUGCACUUGCCGUUGUCCACAAAGAUCCCGAUAUGAUGGAUCUGGCACGAAGAAAAUACAACUUUGCUAUAAAGAUCCUCAAUAAAGCGAUUAUUGGCCAUCAGGUCUCUGGAAUUGAACAGUCUAUCGCUGGAAGUUUUAUUUUGUCCAUCUUUGAGAUGAUAACAUGCGAUAAUCACUCCUCUUCACAUACUUGGCAAAAUCAUGUCCACGGCGCUGCUGCGUUCUUGGGCUAUUUAUGCUCUACAAAUGGUCUGCCAGCCUCACCGGUGAAGGAAAUUAUAGAGAUCUGCUACACUACAACACUUGCGUGUCUUAUCAGUGGCAAAACGGUUCCGUUCUUCUUACUUGAACUGCCGGGUCGCUUUGGUGUGUCAUCAAAUACCCCACAAGACGACGAGGAUCCCUUGUUAUCAGCAAUGAGGCUCUUUGCUAUCAUGGGUACCCUGGUGAAUAUUCGUGGCUUGGAAAACCAGGGUCUUUUCCCAGCCAGCCAGUUAGCUAUACUGGCCAUACAAAAUGAUCAAGCCCUCCAAAGGUGGGCAACUUCACUUCCUGCGUCGUGGACUUAUCACAAGAUUCCCGAACGCGGACAAUACAUUUAUCAAGACGUUUGGUAUGCUCGAAUUUGGAACUACUACCGUCUGGCCCGCAUUCUAGCCAAUCGGAUAAUUAGUGAUAAUUUCGACAUCAUGUCAUCCGCAAUGUCGCCAGGUGGUGAUUUCAAAUCGCAAUAUGACCAGUCAUAUGCCAUCGUUUCGUUCCUGUUACAAGAGAUUUACUUCAGCCUACCUUUCAUGUUCAACGCGGAACAAAUGCCUCCUACCUCUCUACCACUCUCAGCAGCCCUGUUCUUCACAAUCACUCUACUGCAAUCACUGUUGGAAAUCACGGAUCGAGCUGCUCUUAUCCAGGACUGGUCAUCUCCAGUAUGUGAGGUCUUGGGAGAAAGGUUUACUUUUACAAAGGGCAUUGUGAUGCAGAAUCUUCGCUAG